CAACAAGAAGUACAAACAUUUCACUGCGUGUGUUACAGUCUUCGUAGUUAGUACAGACCGUGAACUCCCUCGUGUCUGAGCGAAUCUAGUGAGAAAGAGAUGGCGUCAUGGUGUGCAGCAAGGACCUUCCACAUUCCACCAAUCAACGCCGCCGUUCUCCACCGUCGUGCUUCAUGGGCCGCCGGAAUCGGCGGAGUCUCCGUUGCCGGCACUGCCAUGUUGCGUUCCUCUUCUUCUAAGCGCGCUAUGCCCUUCCUUUGCAUGAGUCUUUCCACUGAUACCCGGAUCAACAAGGAAGCUGUUUCGACAGAAAAAGCCCCAGCAGCAUUGGGACCGUAUUCUCAAGCAAUCAAAGCCAACAACCUUCUAUUUGUCUCAGGUGUCCUUGGUCUUGUUCCCGAGACAGGGAAGUUUGUCUCGGAAGAUGUUGAAGAUCAGACUGAGCAGGUUCUCAAAAACAUGGGGGAGAUCCUGAAAUCUGGGGGUGCCAGUUAUGCAUCAGUUGUUAAGACAACAAUUUUGUUGGCCGACUUGAAGGACUUCAAGAAAGUUAAUGAGAUCUAUGCUAAAUACUUUCCUUCACCUGCCCCAGCUCGUGCCACGUAUCAAGUAGCUGCCUUGCCGUUGGAUGCCAAGAUUGAAAUUGAGUGCAUAGCAGCACUGUGAGCUUCACCUUUAGUUGAAUUAGUUCUUCUGGAAAAUCAGGUCAAAUGAUACAAGAGGGAUAUCAGUACACAUCCAACUACUGGUGAUUACUUCGGUCUUUUCUAGUUGAAUCAUGGUUCUCUCUCUCUCUCCCUCUCAAGAUAUUGUGCACAUUGAAAAUGAGAGAAAUUGAAAGAGUUCUAGUUUGUUGUGACAUGAACAAGUGUUUGAUGUUAACUGUCAUUAUUUCAAAUAAUAAAGCGAUUUGUCCCGUGGAUUUUUGUUGUAA